AUGCGGAAAUACGCGUGCACUGGUUGCAGGUACAGCAUAACGGAUGGACAGAGAGAAUAUAUUCCAAAUGUAUCAUUUGCAAGUAUAGAAAGCUCAUUGGAUAUUUGGCUGCUUCGCUGUGUCUUGUACGCUUUGGAAGUUGACGUAUCGAAAAACGACAUUGCAUUGUUCAAACGGGAGGACGUUAGGGGCCUCACAAAUAUUGCCAGUUCCUUGCGGCAGUCCUCCGUAGUUUCAGAUACAUAUCCCCCUGUUCGUAUGCUCCGUUUUCCUGACGUCUCAAGAGGCCGGAAGGCUCUGUUAGCUGCGUAUGAGCACCAGUCAUCUUAUUGA